UGGAUUUAUCGCUAGGGAAUUAUCGUACGCUACGCGAUAAGCGCUAGGAAAUUUCGUGACAACCACGCGAGAGAGAACCGUCUGGAGCACUGACGGUCUUGACAGGUUUUGCUGCUUUUAGUGGUAUUAUAUUUUCAAAAUGGCUGCUACGAGAAGAUUGCAAAAGGAGCUGGGUGACUUGAGAGCGUCGGCGAUGAAAAACUUCACAAAUAUCCAAGUAGACGAGUCCAAUAUUCUCACUUGGCAAGGCCUGAUAUUGCCGGACAAUCCACCAUAUAACAAAGGUGCAUUUCGCAUCGAAAUCAACUUUCCCGCAGAAUAUCCUUUCAAACCACCAAGGAUAAACUUCAAAACCAAGAUAUAUCAUCCAAAUGUAGAUGAAAAGGGUCAGAUAUGCUUACCAAUUAUAAGUGCUGAAAAUUGGAAACCUGCGACGAAAACAGAUCAAGUGAUCCAAGCUUUGAUAGCAUUAGUGAAUGAUCCCGAGCCUGAGCAUCCACUGAGAGCAGAUUUAGCUGAGGAAUUUCUCAAAGAUAGAAAAAAGUUUCUGAAGAACGCUGAGGAAUUUACGAAAAAACACGCCGAGAAGAGGCGGGAAUCAUCGUCGUCUAACGAAUAACCCCGAGUGAUUAGCUUUACUCACCAUGAUGCCUGCCGCCCGUCAGCUGAUUCAAACUCAAGCCAAUGUAUACCUGUCUGUUAAUCCCUGUGAAUCUCAUAGAUUCAAUUGAAUCUCAUAGAUUCAAGUUAAGAUGACUCUGUACAGUAUUGGUUAACUCCGAUGAUAUGAAAAUAUACGCAAAUUGUAAUGUUUAUAAUAAGAUGGAAUGGACUUUCCAGAGUACAGUAAAUUAUGAUAAAUAACUGUAUCAUAUUGUAUACAAUUUAUACUUGAAGUCAUAUUAUGCAGUUAUACUUUGGUUUAACGUAUCGAAGGUUCGUUACAUUCCAGCUUGAUCCUGUAGGAAUGUAUACGAUGGUGAAAAAUGGUUCAAUGUAGAACCGUUUCGUUUAUCAGAUGUAGCAGUAUAUAUUAAACCAACACAGUUUCCAAUGUCGUUUAAGGUGUUAAUUUAUUGUCGCAUUUCGAAUUUAUAUAGCCACCGCUUUAUAACUGUUAAUAAUCUUAAGAUUAUGACUAAUAAACGACGAACAAUGUUUGCUCUCGAUUUCGAAUCAAUUUUUUGGAACAAUAAUAAUAUGAUUAAACUUCCAAUCUUGAUAUCAAAUUAUUAUUCCAGUCUCUUUUUACUUAUAGUAUACAACAUCACAUAAAAUUCCGAAAAUAUGUAAUUCAAUUAGCAGAUUGAUUUAGUUUGAGAAUACCGACGAAUGUCUUUUUCCUCUUGACUUUGAAUGAUUGCAUCAACGACAUUAGAUAUGCUUCACAAAACCUCGUAUAUAUUUGAUCAUAUCCUGUACAGAAUUAUCUUAAGUUACUUUAAUAUGAAAUUUGUCUGGUAUAUAAAGUUUAAGUGUAAAUUAUAUUGUGACGCUUGCGGCAACUACCAAAAAUAAGAAAUACGCAUUUCAAUAUUUACAUAUAAGCAAGAGUUAAAACCAAUCCAAUAUGAAUCAAGAUUUCUUUUUAAAUAUUAUCAUUUAAAGCAUCAAUGAAAGGAGUAAUAGGUCUAAAUGUAAUCGAAAACAUCGAAAUGGGGUUUCUAGUCACUUUGUCUUUCUGUCUAAUUGCUACAGCUUCCAAUUUCUACAGUAGCUUGAAAGAUUAAUGUUCUGUGGAAAUCGUAUUGAAGGUUUUUCUCAAAUAUUCUAAUAGUAUAUGGGUGAACAGAUAAAUAAUCUGUAAUGUAUUAUCAAAUGUAGCUUGAUAACAUAGAAAAGUCGUGAGUUAUGGGAAUGUGAAAUGUUUUCUUCACGUGUGUACACGCUGCGUUUGUUUGAUAUUUAUACCUGUACAGGAUUAAAAAGACCUCGGAAAUAGUUAAUCAUUGAUACAAAAACAUCGUACCAAUUAAUUCAUUUUGCCCAUCCGUUUAUGCGAGAGAAUAAUUUAUAAAAAUCUUAUAAUUUUUUUUUAUAACUGAGAUACAUGUUACUUACAUUUUAACAUACGAAAUGUAUUGUUUUCAGCAAUUUAUAGUGAGAUCUUGAGAAAUGUAUAAAAAUGCUAAAAAAACUGUAGAUUUCUUUUAGAUUUGUUUUUAUCAUAUAAGAAUAGAUAAUUAUACAUAAAACAUUAACAAAAGAGAAAGUGAGAGAAAAAUAAAAAAAAAAACAAAGAGAAAUUCAUUUAUAUCGAACAUAGUAAAGAUAUGUUUUAAUAUGUAGUACUUGAGAAUCAUUUUCACUUUAU